GGUUUGUUUGUUUGUUUGUUUUCAUUUUUUACUUCGCCAGCUAAGCGGUGUGUUUAGUAAAGUACAUGACUGUACUCCCUUACCUGGUGUUUGCUCUAUCGAGGCUCAAUAAUACAAGAGAGCACCAAUAUUUUGGGGGCAUGUUUUACCAAUCAAAUGAAUGAAUGAGUGUGAACCCGAAAGUAGGACACGACCACCGGCACCGUAAUGCGUUCCACCAUUGAUUGCCACGUUGACCAGAUGUCCUGAGUCAAACACAUUGCAGUGCCAUGGCUGACAAACCCAGCAGGAAUAUUGUGAAGGCGGUCUUCUUUAGUGAAUUUCACCCCCAAGCAGGCCCGAUUGUCUCCUAUCAGACUCCGGAGAACUUCAUCAGCCGCGACCUGUAUGAUGUGGUGUCUGUGUACGUCAUCCCCAAGCCUGCCCUGUACGGUAAAAUAAUGAAAGUCAAUGUGCUGGAGCACAGUAUGGUUGGCUGUCCGAAUUGCAUUACGGACAAGAAGUAUGAGAGGAAUGCGCUCAUCUUCAAUAUUGUCUUUGUGUUCGACACCAAGUGUGACACACAGCCUUUCGAGCCUGUCGUCAAGAAGCUGUGCAAGUAUUUCCUUGAUGCUGAGCUUGACAGUUGUUUUUUGAGUGACGAAGCUUCACGCGCUCGCAUACCAGGCAUGCUUCGGGAAAUCAAGGACGGCCUAAAUACGUUUGGAGGAGUGUGCGUUGCAAUUGACACGGCACACUCUAUCUACCUGACAACUCUCCAGCAGCUGAAUGAUCCUCCCGCCGUGGCAGACCAUCACGUACCGAUUUUUGUCAACCAUGUGGAGGAUGCGCCGAAUUUCUCCUGGGACUUGAUGGUUCAGCAGGUGCUUCCCCACAUCAACGGCUAUACGCACAUUGCGCGCAUUGCCUACAAAGCCAACGUAGACAUCGUCCUUGUUCGUCUCUGCAUCCAACACCUGGUGUACUUUGGAGUGGUCAAACUAAUUCCUAUAUUCCAGUAUAGUAAUGUGUACCUUGCCACGCCAAAGCUGAGUACCUUGCUUACUGACAACGACCUGCAGGCAAAGUGCAUCAAGUUCAUCACCAAACCAGAUGAUCGGGAGCCAGCCAUUGCCACCGUUUUCAGCGUGUGUGCUGGCCUUGGUCCGGGAGUGACCGUGCGUGACCUUUGCAUACGACUCAAUGUGCGUCGCUACGGCAUCGAUGAAAGGGCGCUGAUUCAGUUCUGCGUGCUGCACGGCUUGCUGCGCCGCCUGCACAAGUACCCGACACUGCUGGCGGAGCACUCGGACCACGAGCCGUGGAUGGUUCACCUGAUGACCGGGCAGCUGUGUGAAGAUGAGAUCUGCUGUCUAACAGGCUGCAGCAACCCUGAGCUGGAUGCAAUGCUGGAAGAAGACCACCACAUUGCCGUCUGUUGGAAAUAGUUCAGGUGACUUGUCAGUGCUCUGCCAAUCCUCUGUGAACACACUGUACAAAGGAGCUGUACAUGCAACGGUACGAUAAAUAGUUAGCUGCCGGUUUGCAUGAUUAUCCAUAAGUAUUAUUAUACAUGUACAAAUUGUACAAAAACAAAUACUUUAUAUCGGGGUUUUCUGUUCUUGUGCUGUACAUUGUGACUACGACUCAUAUGGUCACUGCGGGUUUUUGUGUGUGUAUAGUAUGCUCAUGAAGGGCUAUGUCCAUUUACCAUUGUAGUUCUGAUGAUAAGACUAUCAUCUCGUGUCCAAAACCGUUGUGUACAAACUCAUUCAGUGGUGUGCCUUACAGUUCUGUACAUGAUUUUCUUUUUCUUUUUUCAUUCCUUCUACUAGUGCUAGUACAUAUACUUGUACUGGAAAGUGAUGAAAAUACACUGUGCACUGUGUAGCCAUUGAGCAUCCCUCUGUGUAGCAGCCGCUAUUGUAUCAUAAACCUUGAUGCUAUGUAACAUUAUAAUCUGUAUGCCGUGCACGUCGGUGCAUUGCAUGGCCCGCUCAGCGUGUUUAUAGGCUUCUAUUUUUCAAAUUAUCUCUCCCACGUAUCGCCGUUUUCCUCUCUAGCUCUAUUGUGUACAGUCAUGUACUUUGUGUUUGGACAGCCAGUACUGUGCCAUACGUGUAUGUGUUUCAUAUCAUUCUUAUCAAUUGUCACAUCUGUACCUGAUCUGAUUAUGUCAAUGUGGGUUUGCCUUGCACGUCGA